CUUUUAACAUUCGGUAAAAUCACUGUAUUAUCCACAUUCAUAAUAUUUAUCAGCACUCUAGGAAAAAAUGAAUAGGCACUGGUUUUGUUACACUGGACAAUCUCCACCACAUCAAACAUGUUCUGAAUGCCUUUUUAGAAAUAGUUUGUUCAAACCUAAAAAAAAAAGCUCAGUCAGUAAUCAAGCUGCACUUGUGUUAGAGGCCUACUAAAUAGGCCUACUGUUUUACAAUACCCCAUGUUAGAAGAAUUGUUCAAAAACUUUCAAGAAAUACAAUACCAAGAGACAAUGUCCCUCAAAGAAACAGAUUAAUAGCCAGCAUAUUUUCUUUUACAGAGUGCUUUGAUAAAUGAUCAUAUCCUGUUUCUACAUUUCUCUCCCAAUAACAGCUUUCUCAGUUUAGAUAAUACCAAGGCCAUGAUCUGUAAAUCAAUAAUUCAUAGGCAGGCUAUUAUAGAACAAUGAUAUUUUGCCCAGAAUAGUCUACUGCAACCUGGGCCAUAGCUAAAUGGCAGGAUGAAUUGAAGGACACCACAAGAUCAUUGUAGGUUAUUUCAAAAUGAAGCAGAGUGAAAAAGUUGAGUGAUUUGGACAUUUCCGUCUUUAUAUUUGUCCAUAGGCCAACUCCUUAACUCCUUUCCCUACAUCUAACAUGGGAUCCAUAGCUGGAUUUAAAACUGCUAAAAUUGGCAGCCUAUUCACCUUUCAAAAUGGAAAGUGCAUAUUGGUGAUAUGCUGUACUUUAUUCUGAUUUUACAGCAGUUGGUAAAAAUAAAAUAAUAACAUAACUCAACAAAAAAGAGAACUGUAUCAAGACCAAUACACCAAAGAGUGAACAAUCAAAUUGCACACAUAGCACUUGUCAAAAAUAAUAAGGCUAGGCCCUAAUGUUUUCAUGUCUCUCCACAGUCAAGUUCACUGGUGUUUCGAGACCAAAGGGGAUUAUAUCAAAUCACCUGUCAUCAAAUAGCCUACUUACUUACUUACAUGUAGCCUACUUUUUCAAUCAAAAUCAAAAGCCCCCACCCCACCUAAUGUAGGCAUAGUGCUUUGGCUACACUAGGCUACCACGUAGCCUAUCGUUAACACUUUUGACUUUUAUUUUGACAGCAGGCUACAGCUGUAGGUGGGUCAACAGUUAGUUGUGCCCGAUGUCUGAAGAUGUAGUAAGUACAAAGUCCUCAUAACAGUAGGUUUAGCCUUAGCACAAAUGUAGGCUAGGUCAUUUGUAUGACAGCAAUGAGUGUGCCAGUGCAGAAUGUCAGGGAAGGAACCUUGCCCCGUGAUUUUCGUUCGUCCAUGCCGUAGUAGCGUUGAUGACAACUGUGUUGUACUUGUUCAGCACUUGCCUCCUGGACUGGCGGUCACUAUACAUGCUCUAAUUCACAGUGAAGAUGAUGACUUUUGGGAGGCGUUUGGUCAUUACAUCAGUGAUGACAGGGGAUCUGUUAAUGUUGCCAAGAAUGCCAGUAUUGGAGGGUCCUAUGAUGGUGUCGAGCCUAUGGGUCUUUUGUGGAGCAUGAAACCAAUCCCUGGAAGUAGACCAGGUCUCAGGUUUCGGAAGAAGGAUGUGCACACUCCACUGGUUGUCCACCUUUCAGUCUACCGAGACCACAUGCAUGAAGGUUUUAAAGACACAAAGGCUCUGGCCUGUGCUGUGGCUGAACGCUGGUACAUGGCUCCUGGUGUUCAGAAGGUUUGCAUCACCGAGAACGGAAUCAGUGGGACUCUGUUCUUACCUCCAGGGCCUGGACCAUUCCCUGGUCUGCUGGACCUAUGGGGAGGUGGUGGGGGCUUGGUGGAGUACCGCUCUGCUCUGCUGGCAUCACAUGGCUAUGUGUCUUUAGCACUGGACUAUUUGACCCCUAAGACCUCUGACACACAGCAUGUGGGCAAUGACUACUUUGAGGCAGCAUACAGUUUGUUACAGGAGCACCCUCAGGUGUGUGCCAACAGGAUUGCAAUGUUGGGCUUGUCCUUUGGCACCUCAGUUGCUCUUGGCAUGGCUGUUUAUUCCCCAGUCAUAAAGCCAAAGUGUUUGGUGUGUGUGAGUGGGAGCCAUGUCAUGCCUGUCAAUGGGUCUCUUUCAGAUGUGUUUGCAGAGAUCAAGAAAAAUGUCCGCAACACUCGCUAUGAUGAGGAGAAUAGGGUCAUAUGGCGGGACUUGCUUUUGCCCAUUCCAGACGACCCCUCCAAGAAAGUCGAUGUGGGUCGGAUUCAGUGCCCUGUUUUACUUCUAGUGGGAGAAGAUGACCAGAACUGGCCAGCCUUAGAGUCUGCAGAGGACAUGAAGCAGAUGAUGGAGAGAGCUGGAAACAGCCACCUCCUCACUGUAGCAUCCUACCCUGGGACCGGCCACCUGAUUGAGCCCCCUUACAGUCCACACGUCCGGUCCAGCAACUUCAUGGUGGCUCAGUCCAGGACAAAGGUCGUUGUUGUCUGGGGAGGGCAGACUGUGCCUCACUCUAAGGCACAGGAGGACGCCUGGCAAAAGACCUUGGCAUUUCUGGAGGAGCAUCUUUAUGGCACCACAUACAGAUGACUGUCAGGCUAACGCCUUCAAAAAAGGAAAUGGGUGGAAAUCAGUGCCUGUGGUAACGAGAAACACAAACGCUGAGACGAUAAUGCCAACAAAUCAGUGUAAGCCAAUCAACAGUUUAUCAAUACGUUUCAUAUCAUGUUUAAAUAACUGAUGCUUCUUAUGAAAUUCCAAAGCUCAGUGAUACAACACUUGAGCCUCUGGUUGUAUGUUUUACACAAACCAAUGUGUUUAUUGGUAGGACUAGGGUUCUUAUUCAGCCCUUUUUUGCUUUCAUCAUCCUGCUGUUCUAGAGGGACCCACAUAUUCCCAGUUGUGUUAUGAUUGAGUAUUGAAAACUCAUCUCUUUAACACCCCCAGAGAUUAACUUUAUUAUUACUGUUGAUACUAGUUAUAUUUCAAUCACUGGAAAUUGACAAAUAUUACUACUGGUUAUAUUUCAAUCACUGGAAAGGAUGUGGCCUUCAAUUAGUCUAUGAUGAUUUAGAAUAGUUUAAAGUCAAAUAAUUCAAAUGUUCACUCUUCAAAGUAAACCAAUGACAAAUAAUAAAACGUGUAACAGUUAGUGAUUUGUUGUAUAUUAUUUGGGUUUUAAUAAGCCAUCAAGGGUGUUAACCCUUACAACACAAAGGAAAUUGAAUGCAAUUGACUUGUGGGUAGAUGGUUGAUGUAUGUUGAUUUAUGUUUGAUAUUUGCUUAAACAUUCCCAUAUCACAUGCCUUUUAGAAACGUUCAAAAACAGAUAAUCAGUCAUUAUAAUGAUUUUAAUAAUUGAAAGGUGUGCUUUGAAAUUGAAUGGGACCAAAUCAGACACUACAUAAAUAAAAAAACAAAAUUAUAGAUUUGUGUGGCCCAGUCAUUUACUGCUUACUUUAAAAUACAGUGUAUUAAAAUACUGUAGAAAAUCUCAUUCAAGUAGAGCCAUUGAAGGGUACUUGAUUUGACGAGAACGAGAGUAUCCACUUAGCAACUGUGUCAGUGUCCUGGUUAAACUUACUUUCUCAACAAUGAUGUGAAGAAUUAGAAAAUGUAGGACUACAAGUUUGAAAUAGACUCUCACAUGGGUAGAGGAUUCUAUUUUUUCCUGUAUCACCAUUUGUUUGUUGGGUUGUUCUUUUUAAUAAAAAUGACCUAAUUUCUGAUAAAUUUUUCAAUCAAUUUUUAGAUUUCAGCUAAAUGUAACCAAUCAUUUUCAACAGCAAUAAUGUAACUUGGUUACCACGAAUAUAGUAUGUGCGUGCGUGCAUGCAUGUGUGUGUGUGUAUGUCUGCACAAUAAAUGUAAAGCAGUUUCCCCACAUGA